UGUGAGAUGCUUUAUGUGUCUCUAAAGCGAUGCAUACAUUUCUGCAUGCAGACCUUACUUGGUGCUUGGCUUUGGUGGUCUGUGCACAGAGUCCAUCAUGUCCAUCUCUGUGCACCUGUGUGCUCCAUGGUCGCAGCAAUGCCAAGGGACUCAGAACUGUGCUCUGUAAAAACCCAGCCUUGACUGCCAUUCCAGUAGAUCUGCCAAGUGAUGCAGUCAAGUUUCGUCUAGAGCGCACCUCUGUUUCCAGUAUCUUCAGAGGUGCUUUCUCUGUCAUGCCAGAACUGCUUUAUUUGUGGCUUACAUAUAACUCCAUCACUGUUCUUCAUCCAAGGAGUUUCACAAACCUGUCUUUGCUUCAUGAGUUACGAUUGGAUGGGAACCUCCUGUCCUCCUUCCCCUGGGAGGCACUCAGGGAUGUGCCCCGCCUCCGAACACUUGGACUGCACAAUAACCGCCUGGCACGAAUCCCUCCCCUGGCUGCGCGUUACCUUGCCAAUGUGACUUACCUGGACCUCUCGAGCAACAGGCUGAGCACCCUGCCCAACGAUCUGACUGCUCUCUGGCCGUUCAGUGACAGCACUCAGACCCAGCGCUCAGUGGUUUUAGGUCUUCAGGACAACCCCUGGGUGUGUGACUGUAGGCUUUCCACUUUGCUUGACAUUAGUAAAGCCCCAGAAACUUCUCUGGUCCUGUUGGAUCGAUUCCUGACCCGUAGUGAACCGCCGGAUCUUGCUGGAGUUCCCUUUCAGAGCGUGGAGCUCACUCGCUGCCGCAGGCCCUAUGUGGUGACCUCUGCCACCAAGAUCACAGCUCUACUAGGUAGCAAUGUCCUACUUCGCUGUGAAGCUACAGGACACCCGACCCCAACACUUAUGUGGAUCAAAUCUGCUAUACCCAACCUUUAUAAACAAGGUUGUUGUAAGCAGAUGCAAAGCCGCAUGGACACUGAAAGAUUGCCCAGAAAACUUUCUGGCUAUGUACAAGAAUCUCCACAUGUGGGAAUCCGCUGGUCAGCAGUCAGUCUGAAUGGAAUAUCGUAUAGCGAUUCAGGGGAGUACCAGUGCAGAGCACAAAACAUGGCAGGGAUUUCAGAGGCCAUUGUCAGUCUGAAUGUGGUUGGGGUAAUGGCUGAAUAUGCAGACUCCAAAAACUCUGACCAACAGCAAACAGCUGCAAAAUCAAACAAUACGAAGAGGAAACCUAACCAGAAAUCUAAGGCAAUACCUUCUUUGUUACCUCGAAACAUGACUAGACCACUCUCCCCUCCAAAGAGAGUCAUGAAAAUCCCCAAAGCCAGCAGAGACAAAAUGAAAAGAGACCGGACAGCUGUACAGAACCUGCCACAGAGACACUUUUUGAUCGCUUCUGAAAAUCCACUGCAAAGAAGACAAAAACCUAAUGUCUCCAUGUCAAUUCACACCUGACACAUUCAAAUGAUAUAUGCAUAAUUUCAGGAAGUUUCUUUUUUUCACAUGAAUGACCAUAACCUUGUGUAUAUUUCCUCAACUGAGAGGUUAUUUUUUUAUUAUUUACUCAGCUAUGACCACCAGAUGGCAGCUCUGAGCUAAAGACACUUCAAGACAAAAGGAGCUAGUGAACUGAAAUUGUACUUUUGAAAAGUGUCAAAAUUGAUGUUCCCUCACAUGAACCACUAGUCAUAUCAGUAGUCUAAUAAAAGUCGCAUACAGUACAACAGUAGUAGGCUUAUAGAUGACCUAUUGUCAUCCAUAUACAGUAUUUACAGGCUACAUCAAGUAUAACAGAAAAUGAAUGCUUUAUAAAAAUUUAUCUUUUGUAAUGUGUGGC